AUGGCAUUCCUGAAGGAAAACACAUGGCAAAAAGGGAUACGAGAAGAUGUGGUCUCCAGCUCACUAUCGGCGACCAACGCGCUCAAAGCUCCAGGGGACUCCGUGCCAGAAUAA